GAAUCAUCAUCAUCAUCAAAUGUGUUAUGAUAAUGAAUCAUUUUGAAAAUAAUAACAAUAAUAAUUUACCGGAAAAACCGGGUGAAGUAAUAUUACGGAAAUUAUUUCAUGAAUUUACCAUAUUAACUGGUAAAAAAAUCGAUACAAUACUUACGUCUGAAUCGUUGGAAAAACCAUUGGCCAAAUGGUUACAACGUGGUGAAGAUCCAAUAUUUGAUCAAUUGUUGACGGCAUUCGGUACGGCAGCCGAACAUUGUUUGCCAUCACAAUUACGUUUAUUAUUUGAAUGGUAUCAACGACAAAUCGAUGCAACAGAUGUGUUUGCUGAAGAAAAUCAACGAAUAAUCAAAACAAAUCAAGAGGCACAAUUUUCAUCAAAAUCUGGAUCAUUAACCAAAUCAAACAUACAAUCAUUGGAUAAUUCGGAUAUUGAAAUCUAUUAUUUGUUAGAGAAACGUGAUCUUGCCGUUGAAUUUAUAUUUUGUUUAGUAUUGAUUGAAGUUCUUAAACAAUUACCAUUACAUCCUGGUUAUGAUGAUCUAACUAAUCAUAUUGAAAAACUUGCAUUCAAACAUUUUAAAUUUCGUGAAGAUGCACAAUCGAAUCCAAAUCUGGUCAAUAUCAACAUGAUUGCCGAUCUUUAUGCCGAAGUUAUUGGCGUGUUGGCACAUUCUCGAUUUCAAUCUGUACGUAAAUGUUUUAUGAAUGAAUUUAAUGAAUUACGUUCACGUGAUCCUGGCCCUAUUACAACACAUUCCAUAAUAUCAUUGUUGAUGGGAAUGAAAUUUUUUCGUAUAAAAAUGGUACCAAUUGAAGAAUUCGAAGCAUCAUUUCAAUUUAUGCAUGAAUGUGCACAAUAUUUUCAAGAAGUCAAAGAUAAAGAUAUUAAACAUGCAUUGGCCGGUCUUUUUGUUGAAAUUCUUGUGCCGGUUGCAGCGACCGUUAAAAACGAAGUAAAUGUUCCAUGUUUAAAGAAUUUUGUUGAACUACUAUAUUCACCAUGUUUGGAUCUUUGUACAAAGAAAAAACAUUGUCUUGCAUUGUUUCCAUUGGUCACCUGUUUAUUGUGUGUUAGUCAGAAAGCAUUUUUCCUUACAAAUUGGCAUUAUUUUUUGGCAAUGUGUCUUGGUCAUCUAAAAAAUCGUGAUCCAAAAAUGUCACGUGUUGCAUUGGAAUCACUUUAUCGUUUAUUAUGGGUUUAUAUGAUACGUAUUAAAUGUGAAUCAAAUACAGCAACACAAACACGUCUACAUUCAAUUGUUAAUUCAUUGUUCCCGAAAGGAUCAAAAGGUGUCGUUCCAAGAGAUACACCGUUGAAUAUUUUUGUCAAAAUCAUACAAUUUAUUGCACAGGAAAGAUUAGAUUUUGCAAUGAAAGAAAUAGUAUUCGAUCUAUUAUCUGUUGGUCGAUCAAUCAAAAUGGUAUUGACACCCGAACGAAUGAGUAUUGGUUUACGGUCAUUUUUAGUGGUUGCCGAUAGUUUACAACAAAAAGAUGGUGAACCACCUAUGCCACGAACAUUGGGCGUACUACCUUCUGGUAAUACAUUACGUGUGAAGAAAACUUUUCUAAAUAAAAUGCUUACCGAUGAAAUGGCUAAAAAUAUCGGUAUGAGUCAUUAUUAUCCAUAUGUAAGAAAAACAUUAAGUGAUAUAUUACGAGCAUUGGAUCAACAAUUUGGUCGUCCAUUAAUGAUGACAUCAAUACAGAAUGUAAAAGAACCAGAUGAUAUGAUUAGUGGUGAACGUAAACCAAAAAUUGAUCUAUUUCGUACAUGUGUUGCAGCCAUACCACGUUUAAUACCGGAUGGUAUUUCAAAAUCUGAUUUAAUCGAUCUAUUGGCAAGAUUAACCAUAAAUAUUGAUGAAGAAAUGAAUGUUCUUGCAUUUCAAGCAUUACAGAAUUUAGUGGUUGAUUUUGCCGAUUGGCGUGAAGAUGUCAUUGAAGGAUUUAUUAAUUUUAUUCUUCAUGAAAUACAAGAUUCAAAUCAAGAUUUAUUAAUGAAUUCAUUACGAAUGUUGUUGCAAUUGUUAACAUCAUGGAAAAAUACUGUUCAACAACAACAACAACAACAACAGCAGCAGCAUCAACAAACGAAUCCAGUACUAUUGAACAAUAUACCGGAAAUAAUUGGUUCAUCAUCGAAAUCAUCGAUUCAUCAAAAUUUACAAGCUAAAAUGGAUCAAAAUGCAAACGUAUUAUAUAAUGUAGAAGGAUUAGCAUUGGUAAUGUUAUGUCAUUAUCGACAGCCAAAUCGUCGUUUAGCAAGCUAUAUAUUGAAAGAAGUACGUUUCAUAUCGAAUCUAUUAUUACAUGGUAAUAAUAAUAAUAAUAAUAAAAAUUAUGAUGAACCUGUUGCAACAAUAAUCGAUGUUACAUGUCCAAUGAUAAUUGAAAAUUGUUUUCCAUACAUUAGUUCAAGUGAACGUCAAUCAAUUAUUGCAAUGUCAUAUCAAAUUGAUUUACAAUGGUUAGCUGAACGUACAAAUAAUUCAUGGAUUUCUGAUCGUGUAAAUAAUGAAAAUAAUAAUCAACAACAACAACAACAACAAUUGAAUCAAAAAUCUACAGUAACAAAUUUAUCAAAUACCGUUGUCAGUGGUACUGGUGUUAAUCAUCAACAAAUGAUUAUUGAUUCAACAGCAACAACAACAGUGACAUCUACAACAACAUCGAUGAAUAAUAGUGGUGGUGGUAAUAAUAAUCUACAAUCUGGUACAAUUAAAUCUAUUCAUCAUUCAUCGCAAACAGAGAAUACAAUAUUGGAUCAAACAUCGAUAACAGCGGCAUCAACAACAACAGCAACAACAACGACAACAUUAACAUCGAUGACCAAUACAGUGAAUUAUGAUGAUGAUCUUAAAUUGAAUGCAUGGAAUAUAUGUUUAAUGUCAUUAAUGGCUGAAGUUAUAAAACAUUGUCCAAAUGCUGUUGCAGCUGCAUGGCCAAUUGUUAGGCAACGAUCAAAUACCCUAUUUCAGAAUAUUGAUCCAAAUCCGGUGAAUGAUAAUCGUGCAUCAUCAAUAUUGCGUACAACAUCGAAUCUGAAACGAUCAAUUUCAUCAUAUGAAAGAAAUUUUUAUCUUGAAUUAUGGAAAUCUUAUCUGAUGUUUGCCUGUAGUAUUGCACCAUCAUCAAUAGCUGUAUCAUCAUAUUUAUCGAAUGUUAAUAAUGAUAAUUGUGCAUCACCGGAUUCAUUAUCAUCAGAAAAAUUAUCAUCAUCAAUUGAAGGUAGUCGUUCACCGAUAAUGAAUCGUGGUAGUAGUGCACAGAAUCUUUUUAAACAAACUAUUCCAUUGUUACGUGCCGAACAAUUUGAUCUAAGAAAUGCUGUCAUAUUGGGUCUUUCACAAAUCAAUCCAUAUGCAUUGCCAGAUUUAUUGGAAGAAUUGAUGCCUUAUUUUCGUGAAGCAAUAGAUAAAAAACAGGAAAAUCUACGACGCCGUAAACGACGUGAAAUGUUACGUAUACAGAUUGGUCGUUUAUUUAAAUUUAUUUCUGAAAGAAAAAUAUUUGCUCAAUGUCCUAUUGGUUUAUCAUUAACAUUGAUUGAAUAUAUUGAUGGUUUACGAUCAUAUUUUGAAAGUGAAACAGAUAAAGAAUGUAAUACAAAUGAUAUAAAAGAAUCAUUCUGUCAUUUUAUUUGUAAUUUAAUCAAAAGUUUUCCAAUUGAAACACGUGAAUCAAAAUUAUCACGUGAAUUACGUUCAAAUCUUUUUAAUUUAUUUGCUACUUGGAGUGGUAAAUAUGGUAAUAUGUUAUUGAUAAACAAUCAUCAUAAUCAUCAUCAUCAUCAUAGUCCACAUCGUCAUCAUCAUCAUCAUCAUUAUCAUUAUAAUCAACAAAAAAAUAAUGAUACACAAUUAUUAUUGGAUUUUAGUUUCAUUAAUGAAUUGGAAUUUUUAUCCAUACGUUCAAUGGCUACUGUAUUGACGGCUGGACCUAUGAUGUUUGAUUCUACGAAAAAUUAUCUAUUUGAUAAUACAAAUCUUUAUCAAUGGCUAUUGAAUCUAUUGAAUGCAACGGAAAAACGUAUCAAUGAUAUUGGUCUCGAAACAUUGAUUUUAUUAUUGGAAAAUAAUAAUGAAGCUGGUCCAUUACUUGAAUGGUUAAUUGAAUGUUGUUAUACAAAGCCAUCGAAAAUUGCUGAUAGCUGUUUCAUUGCUUUAGCGACAAUAUUUUCCAUACGUGAAUAUCCAUGUGAUCGUUAUAUUGCAAUUAUUAUUGUAACCAUGAUCAAUGUUGCCUGUCCAAGAAUUGAAAUACAACAAUUAGCAUUACAAUUAUUGCAAAUAUUGGAUAAUAGAUUUUUUUUCAAUUCAUCAAAUAAUUUUCGUGAUUAUAAUAGUCGAUUAUUACAAGAACAGCCUAAAAAAACAUCAUCAUCACCAUCACAACAACAACAACAACAGCAGCAGCAGCAACAACAAGAUGUGAUGAUGGAUCAAAUCAAUGUGCAACAACCAAUGAUUACAGAUGAUCAUAAUCGUUCUGGAACAAGUAUAAAAGGUUUUGAACCAUUAUUAAUUGAUCUUUAUUGUUAUUCAAUGUUUACAAUAUCAAAAAGAAUGGCCAUUCUACAUCCACAGCUGACAAUGAUUGUAUUUAGUGAAAUAACAUAUCGUAUUCAAACUGCAUUGCCAAAUGUUUGCCAUAAUCUAUUACAAUUUCUAAUACCAUGGUUAUAUAAUAUGCAAUUAGUGGAUACAACAUGUCAGCCAAAUAUUGCACAACAGAAUCCGGAUUAUUCAUAUUCACAUGAUGAUGAUGAUCAUCAUCAUUAUCAACAGAAUUAUUAUCGCUAUGGUUGGGGAUCAAUUGAAUCAACACAAAUGAUAUUGAAUAAUCUUCUUUAUAUAACGGUAAAAUUUGGUGAUAAUUAUCCAGAAGAAUUGGAAAAAAUUUGGGCAUCAUUAUGUCAGAAUCGACCGGCAAACCUAAAGAUUAUAUUUCGUUAUCUAUUCAUUUUGACUGGUCUAUCACCAAAUGAAUUAUUACCAUAUGCAAAACGUAUUGCCAUUUAUUUAGCACGUGCACAACCAGAACGUGUAAUCGAUGAAUUAAUGGCCGAUUUACAGGCUGUUGAAUUAUUAAGUUUCAAUGCUGAACGUACCGAAGCGUUUCCAUAUUUUCGUAUUGUUCAUCGAAAAUGUUCAGCCACACAUCUUGAUGAUAAUGAUUAUUGUAAUAAUAAUAAUAAUAAUCAUGGUAAUGGUAAUAAUCAUCAUAAUUUUAAUUAUGCAAUUCAUCGUCGUACAACAAUUGGUGGUACAACAUCGGUUACUAAUGAUAGUCGUGAUACAUCGUCUAGUGCAUUAAUUACCGAAAUAGGAACAUUACAUACAAAAAGACAUAGUAAAGAUUUUCAUACAAAAUCCUAUGAUCAUGAUACAUUAAAUAUGAAUGGUGCAGCGACCGCCACUACCACCACCAACAACACCAUCACCACCACCACCACUGCCACCACCAUAACGAAUAAAUCAAUAGAUCAAUAUAGAAAUUUUGAUAGCCUAAAUGGUAGUUCAUCAUCUGAUGAAUAUAAUGGUUCAAUUGAAUUACCAAAUGAUGAUUCAUUACCAAUAUCUGAUCGUUAUAUAAUGAAACCAUCAACACCACAGCCAAGACCAUUACCAAUGCCUGAAUAUGGUGGUUAUUAUGCACCAUUAAAAGAAUUAUUAAGUGGUAAAGAUUGCAUGAAUAAUAAUAACAAUAAUAAUAAUCUUGGUUUACCUGGUCAACAACAACAACAACAACAAGCGAUCGGUUUUCAUCGAUGUUUUCUUGCAUUAAUGUUGAUGAGUGAUGUUAUUACACAGGAUAUCCAUGUUGAUUGGACACCACAUAUACCGCUUAUGUUGCAUAUAAUAUUUCUUGGCAUGGAUCAUAGUAAACCGAUUGUAUAUGAACAUUGUAAACAAUUAUUAUUGAAUCUAUUGGUUGCUUGCUGUAAACAUGAAGAUAAUCUUACUGUGGCAAGAAUUCUGCUAAAAAAUCGUAUACAACAACAGAAUUUUGGUCUUUCCAUACAGAAUAAUAUUUUAUUGAAUUUUCAAUCCAAUAAUGUUAAUGAUCAAUCAAAUAAUAACAAUAAUCAUACAGCCGGUGGUGGUGAACGAAAGAAUCCAAGUGAAUUGGAUUUGGAUAAAAUUUUCACAAAAAGUAGUGAAAAUCUUGUGUCAACAACAGCAGCAGCUGCAGCAACAACAACAACAACGGUGACCAUUUCUGAUUCUGUUCAUUUGAAUGAUAUUCAAUUGAAAAUUGAUAAAGAUGAUUCUGAUAAUGUUGAUGAUGAUCAAACGGCUUUCAACGACGACGAUGAUGAUGAAGAGGAUGAAGAAAAUGAAGAAAAAUCGACCAAUCGAAAUGAUGAAAAUGUGGAUUCGAAACAAAAUGAUAAUCGUCCACAACGAUUUUCAUUAGAUCUUUAUAUAAAAACAUUAAUCGAUUUUAUAUCAUCAAAACGUGGUGGUCCAUUAUGGAAUAAUGAAGAUAUUACGGCUAAAGUUUGGUCAAUUCGAUCAGCUGAACAAUUGUCAACAUUUGUUGAACAUGUUCUUUGUGUAUUCAAAGAAUCAUUGCCAUUUGCUAAAAUUGAAAAUCGUUGGGCUGAUAUCGGUUUAUGGCAAGCAUUACAAUGUUCAUCAAGACAUUAUGCUGGACGUUCAUUGCAAAUAUUUCGUGCAUUGAAAAUUCCAAUUAAUCGUUCAAUGUUAUCGGAUAUUUUAUCACGAUUAGUAGAAACUGUUUCUGAACAAGGUGAAGAUAUGCAAGGCUAUGUAACAGAAUUGAUGUUGACAUUAGAAUCAGCAUUGGAUACAUUGGAUCUGAAACCACGUUCUAUAUUGGAAUUGAUAAAUCAAUAUUUUCAUUUUGAUACUGAUUCAAAAACUGAUGUCGCUGCUGACAAUUCAGAGCAGCCGCAACAACCACAACAAGAUAAAACUAAUGAACAAUUGGAAGAAAAACAAGAUUUUCAAAUCGAUAUUGAUCAACAACUACAACAACAACAACAACAACAAAUGGUUAAUCGCCUUUAUCCAGCUGAAAGUUCAGCAACAUUAGUGGCCGGAACAAAUACAAUAAGACCAUCACGUGCAAUGGCUAAACAUUUGAUGAAAGUUCCUGCUCGUAGUAAUACUUCAUAUUCAAUGUCAUUUCCAACAAGACGAUUCAAUUUUCUUGAUGAACAUCGGCCACGUUUCUGUACAACAAAAGAUGUUGAUUCAUUCUAUAAUGAUAAUCGUAAUUCCAAAGGAAAUUCAUUGGCCAAUGUAUCGUUGGGUCGUUCACAAUCAGCACAAUCAUUGAAGAAUCCACCCGAAGAAGAAGAUGAUGAUAAUCAAUCAUAUUCAUUGGAUGAUAAGAAUUCAAUGUUGGCACAAUUUUUCUGCAUUGGUGUCAUUAUAUUGGAAACUGAUUAUGAACAUGAAUUUUUAUUGGCCAUUCGAUUAUUGGAUAAAUGUUUGCAAAAAAUGUCAUUAGAUGAUCCUGAAUGUAGAGAAAAAAUUGAAAAAAUUUUCGUCCACAUUAAAUGGCCAAAUUUUUCCGGUGUUCAUCAAUUAUUAUUGAAAGGUUUAGCAUCGAAUUUGUGUUAUGAACCAACAAUCAAUUUAUUGCAUAAAUUAACACCAUAUCUAAAGAUAUCGGUUAUUGAUCCAAAAAAAUCCGAAACAGCAUUUCCAUUUCAUGUUAUGGCCAUGUUACCAUAUCUGUUACAUAAUUAUGAUGAUCCAAAUGUACUUUGUAUACAGGCGGCUGUUAGUUUUGCUGCAUGGUGUAAUGAACAUUCGAAUAUUAAUCUGGAAAAUUUGGCCACCGUUAUGACGUUGUAUAGUAAACAUUGUUUUAGUAAAGAAAAUUCACAAUGGACAAAAUGUGUAGUGAAAUAUCUAUAUGAUGCAUAUCCCGGAUCAUUUGUAAUGAUUAUAUCGUUUUUGGUUGAGGUUGCCGAAAAAGGACCAGCCGUAUUCUUAAAUCAUAUAUUAUCGAUUUUACAUUUUAUGCUUAACUAUAUCGAUCUGAAUAGUAGUAGCCGAUCGAUAAAUGAUGAUCUAAUGCGUGUGGCCACUAAAUAUAUUGAAGGACCACAAUGGAAAGAAGCAUUGAAAAUAUUAAAAUUGGCUGUUACACGUUCAUCAACAUUGGCUGCACCAUCAUAUUCAUCGAAUUCAACAUAUGCAUCAUCUAUUAUAUCUAGUAUUGUGUCUUGUGGUUCAUAUUCGGAUGGUAUGAGUAUGACAUCAAGUACAUUUAGUGAAAGUGAAUUUGGUAGUAUUGGUAGUAGUAUUAAACGUGAAUUACCUGGUCGUACAAUGGAUUUUACCUUUGAUAUUAGUCAAACACCUAUUGUUGGUGCUAAAUUCAUUGCCAAAAGACAAGCAAUGACAGAAAUGGCCGCUAAUCAUAAUACUAGUAAAGAUUUUGGUACCGAUUCUGCAAUCAGUAGUAUUGCUACAUCUAUUGAUAAUAAUAAUGGUGGUGGUGGUGGUAGUAGUAGUGGUGUUAGUAAUUCGAUUGGUGAUCGUAAUGAAAAAAGUGAUUUUAUUCUACAUAAAUUAUUCGAAGUUCGUGAUAAUUUUCCCAUCGAUAAUAAUGAUAAUGAAUCAAUACCAAGUAAUGAAAAUUCCACUACAAAUGCCGAUACAAUUGGUGGCCAUAAUGUAAAUGUGGAUAAUAAUUCUACAUUGAAACGAAGUAGUCUAGUAGCUACACAGACUAGAAUCCGUGAACGUUUAGUCAACCUGUUUAAUCGUUGUGGUAAACGAAUUGUUGGCCUACCAAAAUCACCAUCGGUCAUUUUUAGCCAAAAUAGUGAUGUUGGUAUGGAUAAUCAUAAAUCAUCUAUGGCUUCAUCAACAGAAGAUAUGUCAGCAACAAAUAAUGAUGUAUCCGGUGAUAGUAAACAUGAUGAUACGGCACAUGGUGAAUUUGCUUAUUUCAAAGAAUUUGAUUUCCUAGAAUAUGAACUUGAAAGUCAAGAAGGUGAAAGUUUAGAUAAUUUCAAUUGGGGUGUACGACGAAAAUCAUUAUCGAAUCUUGAUAACGAUGAUAUUUCAUCAAAUAAAACGAAUAAAAUGAAUGAUGAAAUAACCAAUGUUACAUUUGAACCAUCCACAUCAUCGAUGAUGAUGAUGAUGAAUUCAUAUUCACCACGAUUAUCUAAAAAUGAUGUCGACGAAUGUUCAUCGGAUGAUGAAGUGGAAAGUGUAUCACCAUUAUAUGAUCUUUCAUCACAUCAUAAUCAGAUUCCUGUAUUUAAUGAAAAUUCUUCAACACAUUCAAGACCAGCUAGUCUUAUAUCGCAUGGAUCAUCACAUAGUUUGGUAUCGGAACCAGAAUUAUCAUUAAUGAAUACUGUUUCAUCAUCGAUUGCAGCGGCUAAUCAUCAGCCAAUAAUAUUGCUGUCGAAUCCAGAAGCCGAAGAACAAUGUUCAAAAUAUUUUAUGCAAAUAAUCAAUGAUCAUUCUGGUCGUAUGAUGGCACAGGCUAAUUGUUUGAUUGUGAAAAUUUUAAAAAAUACAUUCAAACGUGUCAUAUAUUUAACACGUGAAUCAUGUGAAUUACUUACACAGAAUGUUAAUAAUCAUAUGGAUAAUAAUAAUCAACAACAACAACAACAAUAUGGUUCAAUUGCUAAUCGUUUUAUGGAUCUAUUGGAUAUAAUUUCAAUGCAAAAUGAUUUUCCAUUCAUCCAUAUGAAUGAACGAUUAUUCACAAUGAUUGAUAAUUUAUUAAAAGAACAACAAUUUGUCAUUAUGGGUUUACAUGCACAUUGGGAAACAUUUAAUGAGAAAAAAGAUCAACUUUUUGGCUGUAUUUUGGAAUGUAAAAAUUUUAAAAUGAACAACAACAACAACAAUACAGAAUCAUCAUCAUCAUCAUUGGAUUCAACAUUAAUUUCGAAAUUAUGUCAACAUUUAUAUCGAAUGCAUUUUCAGCUAUAUUUAUUAUAUGAAUGUUAUUUAAAAUUUAUCGAUUCAAUCAAAUCAAUACACAAUUAUCCAAUGGUUAUUAAUCAUUCAAAUGAAAUUGGUGAAUUGAAAAAAAAUUUAAUUAAAUAUAUUGGUGAUGACCAUCACACUACCACCACCACUGAUCAACAGUAUUCAUUCUCAUCGAUUGUAUCAUCAAUGACAACCAUAAGUAAAGAAAAUGAAGCUGAACUACGUGAUUUAAUACAAACAAAACAAUAUUCAAGUGCUAUACAAUUUGUAAAGAUUUUAAAAAAUAUGAUGAUGAUUUCAUCAGGUAUGGAUUCGAUCAAAGAAGAUUUAAUUGAAACAUUGUUGAAUAUUUAUUGUCGAUCAAUAUUACCAUCAUCAUCAUCAUCAUCAUCGAAUGAUAAUUAUGUUGUUGAUGGAGAAUAUAAUUUAGGCGAUAUUAUUCGUCAAUUAAUGGAUACUAGUUUUGUGAUUUAUAAUAAUUGUCCAAAUUGA